CAAAGGGUGCAACCUCUCACAUGUCUCAUGUUUGUUCGGACUGAGAUUUCAGAGAGAAGGGAAAGUCUAUUUAAACCUCACCUUCUCACUGUGGUAGCCGAUUCCAAAGCAUCCACCAAACCCAGAAAAGAAAUAUUUCAAAAAUUAAAUCGAAAAACCAAUAAUACAGUUUUUUUUCCGGAUUAUUUACGCUUUGUGCCUGUAUACAAUUCAACCUGUUGGUCCUCUUCUGCUUUGAAAGUUGACAGAGUCUGCGUCUUGAUUACUUUUUAUUGGGAUCUUCUCGUUUUGAGUUGAUCCUUUUUUAAAACCUCUGUGGGUUUUCUGGGUUUAUUGAUUUUUCAUAUAUACAGCUUCACUGUGGCACAAAGUUUUGUUCUUGUGAUCAAACAAGGUCUGUGUCAAGGUUUUAUUGGGGGUUUUCUGGGAUUUUUGUUGUAAACAUGAUUUGCACUAUUAAGCAAUCGGUGACUGCGAUCAAUGGGUCAUCAGAAUCUCUAUUUCGUAGAAGAUCUCCGUUACAAGUGCCGCGAUCCUCGUUUUCGCCGCCUCUACCUGCUCUAAAGGACUCGAAGACUACCAGUCUCGGUGUCUCAAGACCUUUACAUAUAGCUUCGAUCGAGUCUUUUGGGAUGUUGAGGCAGACCCAGAAAAAGGAAACGAAGCCCUUGAUCAGAUGCGAUGCUUACGAGGCAGACCGAUCGGAGCCGAUUGAAGAAACCAAAAUUGAGGCGGCAAAGAGGGUGAAGAUAGGAAUCUACUUUGCAACUUGGUGGGCUUUGAAUGUUGUGUUCAAUAUCUAUAACAAGAAGGUGUUGAAUGCUUUUCCAUAUCCUUGGUUAACCUCUACGCUCUCUCUGGCUGCUGGAUCACUCAUUAUGCUGAUUUCUUGGGCCGCCAGAGUCGCUGAGGCGCCCAAGACUGACUUCGAGUUCUGGAAGACUUUGUUUCCGGUUGCUGUGGCACAUACAAUUGGGCAUGUGGCAGCUACUGUGAGCAUGUCAAAGGUUGCAGUUUCCUUCACCCACAUCAUCAAGAGUGGAGAGCCAGCUUUUAGUGUCUUGGUUUCAAGGUUUCUGUUGGGUGAGACCUUCCCAGUCCCGGUUUACCUAUCCCUUAUUCCCAUCAUCGGUGGUUGCGCACUUGCUGCUGUGACUGAGCUUAACUUCAACAUGACUGGUUUUAUGGGGGCCAUGAUAUCCAACUUGGCGUUUGUAUUCCGGAAUAUAUUCUCAAAGAAGGGCAUGAAGGGCAAAUCUGUUAGCGGAAUGAACUACUAUGCUUGUCUUUCUAUGUUGUCUCUUUUAAUUCUUACACCUUUUGCAAUUGCUGUGGAGGGGCCGCAGAUGUGGGCAGCUGGUUGGCAAAAUGCCAUCAAUCAGAUUGGACCGCAUUUUGUAUGGUGGGUGGCAGCCCAAAGCGUGUUCUAUCAUCUCUACAACCAGGUGUCCUACAUGUCACUGGAUGAGAUCUCUCCCUUGACAUUUAGCGUUGGUAAUACAAUGAAACGAAUUUCAGUCAUAGUCUCAUCCAUUAUCAUUUUCCACACGCCUGUCCAACCCGUCAAUGCCCUUGGAGCUGCCAUCGCAAUCCUUGGAACUUUCUUGUAUUCGCAGUCAAAGCAGUGAUAAAGCUGGAUGCGGAGAAUAUAGGGAUUUUCAUCAUAAAUCAGAGAGAAAGCUGUGAAGAGGGAGGGACGAUACCUGCUUUGUUUCUUUGUUGUAGAUAAUCAUAAUAAUGAUAAUAAACAAUGUUAGGCAGUAAUAUUUGUUUUUUUUACUCUAAUGGGGAUUAGAGGAGUGAAAUCUCCAAUAGAACAAGAUUAUGUUCCGGCUCUCGUCCUUUUCGAGAAUCAUCGAUGAGUUUAAUAUUUGUAUUUCUUGCUUGAUUGUUAUCAGAAUCUAUUCCAUGCAACUGGAGAAUGUUUUGGUGAGUUUUUGUCUAUGAAUAGCACUGAAAAUGUAUAACCAUGUGAGCCUGU